AAAAUUUCCGUGACUGAAUAAAAGCGAAAGGUAAAAAAAAGGAAAAGAAAUGAAGAGCAUCUUCUUCUCGGCAUCACAGCUCCUCUCAAGAUCAGCGGUUCUCUUCGUCACAGCUCGCUCCCCUGCUUCCCCGUCGCGACACGUUCACUCCGGCUCUCCCUCUCCUGCAACUCCGCCUCUCUUUUCCCCGCCCAAAGCUUUGCGACCAUGGGCGGCGUCGGCUGCCGACGAAUUCGUCAAGGGGAACAUCCAUCCAACGGCGUCGCUGUCAUCACUCUCGACCGUCCCAAAGCUCUCAACGCCAUGAACCUAGAUAUGGACAUUAGAUACAAGAGUUUCCUUGAUGAAUGGGAGGCGGAUCCGAACGUGAAGUGCGUGCUAGUGGAAGGCAGCACUCCUCGCGCUUUCUGUGCAGGAAUGGAUAUUAAAGGGGUUGUUGCUGAAAUUCGCCAGGACAAAAAUACGCCUCUUGUGCAGAAGUACAAAGAUAGUAGUUUAUUUGCAGGUGGUGAUGUGAAGACUAUUACAACAAAAAAACAACUCUCCGACGUGAUUGAGGUGUUCACUGCAGAAUACUCUCUGAUAUGCAAAAUCGCUGCAUAUAAGAAACCAUAUAUAGCUCUUAUGGAUGGGAUAACAAUGGGGUUUGGACUAGGUCUAUCUGGCCAUGGUCGCUACCGAAUUAUAACAGAGAAGACGCUUCUAGCUAUGCCGGAAAAUGGAAUUGGCCUGUUUCCUGAUGUAGGGUUUUCAUACAUAGCAGCACAAAGCCCAGGAGAAGGAUCAAUCACUAGAUUUGACCGGUAUCUGAUUAUUCCAGGAGCUUAUCUUGGAUUGACUGGGAAGAGGAUUUCUACUCCCUCCGAUGCACUAUUUGUAGGCCUCGGGACACACUAUGUCCCAUCUGGAAACUUAGGAUCAUUGAAGGAGGAGCUUUUGGCUGCUAACUUUUCCCAAGAUCCACAUCAUGAUGUCAAAGGACUUAUAGGGAAGUACAAGCAUGACCCUGAGACAGAGGCCCCGUUAAAGUUACUCUUGCCUCGAAUCAUCUCUACAUUUGGUGGACAUAAGUCGUUAAAGGAGAUUAUUGAGGAGCUGAAACAGCAUAAACAGAGUGCCGAUACUAAAGUGGCAGAGUGGGCCACCGAAGCUCUUCAGGGUCUUGAAAAGGGUGCUCCAUUUUCUCUUUGCCUGACACAAAGCUACUUCUCCAAAGUUGCAUCCGCCUAUGGAAGAACCUCCAAUGAAUUAUCAACACUAACUGGAGUAAUGAGAACCGAGUAUCGCAUUGCCUUGAGGUCUUCUCUGCGCAAUGAUUUCGCUGAAGGUGUCAGAGCAGUAUUGGUGGACAAAGAUCAGAACCCCAAAUGGGAGCCACCAAGCCUGGAAGAAGUUGAUCAUAAUGAAGUGGAAUCUCUGUUUAAGCCAUUGGGUUCAGAAACUCCAGAGCUGGAAGUGUAAGUCCUGCCAACAAAGCAUAGUGAUGUUCGCUCCCGACUCUUCGGGCAUCAGUGUCAGGUGUACUUGCGUUCUGAAGGACAGUACAAUGUGACAUCCAUCUGUUGUAAUAAAUCCUCCACGCUUUAUCCACCUUCUAGCAUUGUGCUUAUGAUAUGCCCAUGUUUCGUCUAACAUCGAACGAGUGUGAACUCGUCCCAUUACUUCUUUUGGUGAUUUUCUAUGUUUUCCUCGCGUCGAAAUCCAGCUUUCAAUCCCUUUAAAGAGAGCUGGUAAAUCCGCACAAGCAGGGCUUCGUAUAUAAGUUGGCACUAUGGUUAAACACAAG